AUGGACUGCUACGUGCCCAACAACCCUCAGUAUCUCGGAUGCUGCGUGUGCUGCGACCCGCUGCAGUGCGCCUGCCAGAUACGACUGCCGGAGGACUGCUGCCAGCAAGAAUCCGAGAACUGCUGUCCGGAGAAUGGCGAGGAAUUGAACAAUCUAGGGGAGUCCAUAACGACCUGCGAUGUCGGGCUCGAUGUGAACGAGCCUGGCUGGCCGGCAGAAGACAUGGGCUCCUUCUCCCUGCCACCCCUCGACCUGGAUCCCCUACCAUCGUUGUUUCCAUUCUCACCCUGCUCCGGAUACAACCGGAACAACGGGGGGGAAUGUCGGGAGAGGGGGGGAGGGGAGGCGGCGGAUGUGCUGCUCUCACUGAAACACGCGGUGGUUCAUGGAGACUGCGCAGGGGACGCCGUACAUCCUCAGAUGGUGGUGAACAGCGGUGGUGGUUACCCCUACUAUGAGCACUACGGCACUGCUCCCCUCUUCCCUACCAUGAGUGUCAAUGUCUCCAUGAACAUGACCAUGCAUGGCUGUCCCUCAGAUCAAUUAUGUUCUCAGGUGCAAUGGAAUCAAAACGCUUCUGCCCCAUCAGUAAACGUAGUCUACCCUCAAACACAAAGCGUCAUACCAGUAUCCUAUCCUUCAGCGACUUACUCCUUCACAGCUGACUUCAGAGCACCGAACCAAUCAGAUCCUCUCAUCACCGCGAGCUCAACAUUCAAACCAUUACAACUACAAAACACCCAGAAACCUAAUCCCAACUAUUUAUUCCAACAAAAACCAAACUUUUCCAACCAAAAGAAUUUAGGGACUGUACUGAAACGAUCUCCAUCCAAGAUAUAUAUGCAGGAGAGUCCGAAGGAACAAAUGGGGAACGGUUACGUACUGAACCAUCAGGGACAACUGCAUCAGGACUUCGGUUAUACCACGUGCGUUAAUUCUUCGGGAAAAGUGCAAGUGGGUGCUCUAAGCGCGUGUUCCGAAGACGAUGAACAGAAGCCCAACCUGUGUCGUAUAUGUGGCAAGACGUACGCCAGACCGAGCACGCUAAAAACACACCUCAGAACCCACUCCGGCGAACGACCGUACAGAUGUGGCGACUGUAAUAAAAGCUUCUCACAAGCUGCCAACUUAACAGCCCACGUACGAACUCACACUGGCCAGAAACCAUUCAGAUGUCCAAUUUGUGACCGACGAUUCAGCCAGAGUUCCAGUGUUACUACACACAUGAGAACACAUUCCGGAGAAAGGCCUUACCAAUGUCGAUCCUGCAAAAAGGCAUUUUCUGACAGUUCAACGUUGACAAAGCAUCUGCGCAUACAUUCUGGUGAAAAACCAUAUCAGUGCAAACUAUGCCUAUUAAGGUUUUCUCAAUCCGGCAAUCUGAAUAGACAUAUGCGUGUACACGGCAACAUGUCAGGCGGGAUGCUUGGCUGA